AUUAGUUUGAAAGCAUCGAAGCAACUCCAAAAACGACACCGUUUGGGACUGCUGCUUUGUAGUUGCGAUAUAAGAAAAAAUUGGUGCUGUCUCGACGCAUCUGAUCCCACUCCACUUAUUAAAUUAAAAAUUAAAUUAAUAAAAAAAACAAAAAGCAAAAAUGUCGUCGUCGCCGAUGGAGGUGGAUGCGCAGCUCCCAAACGGCAACUCCAUCGUCGCGGCGGCGGUCGCCGCGGCGCCGCCGUCUAAAUUCGGGAAGCUGGCGGAGUCCCUCAAACUGGAGCAUCAGUUGCUCCGCGUGCCCUUCGAACAUUACAAAAAGACGAUCCGCUCCAACCACCGCGCCGUUGAGAAAGAGGUCUCCGCCGUCAUUUCCGGAGUCUCCGACGCCGCCGAAUCCGACCUGUCGCGAGACGAAGCUGUUGAUCAACUCAGUUCUCUCGUCUCUCGACUGCAGGGCCUCAAAAGAAAAUUGGAAGAGGGAAGUCGAACAGAGCACCUGCAAGCACAAAAAUGUCGGGCUCGGCUGGAACAUCUAGAAUCUGCAGAACUGGAAAAUAUGUCGGAGUGGAAUAGCACCCGGCUGAAGAGGAUACUUGUUGAUUACAUGCUGCGGAUGUCAUAUUAUGACACAGCUGUAAAGCUUGCGGAGAGCAGCAACAUUCAGGAUCUUGUUGAUAUAGAUGUGUUUCUUGAAGCUAAAAAGGUUAUUGAUGCUCUUCAAAAGAAGGAGGUUGGCCCUGCUCUAGCCUGGUGUGCUGACAACAAGUCUAGGCUAAAGAAGUCAAAGAGCAAAUUUGAGUUCCAGUUGAGACUGCAAGAAUUCAUUGAGUUGGUAAGAGCUGAUAACAAUAUGCGAGCUAUAUCUUAUGCUCGAAAGUAUUUAGCACCUUGGGGAGCUACACAUAUGAAAGAAUUGCAGCGUGUUAUGGCAACCCUUGCUUUCAGAAGUAACACUGACUGUCUGUUUUACAAGGUCUUAUUCGAAGAAAAGCAGUGGGAUUUUUUGGCUGACCAGUUUAAGCAAGAAUUCUGUAAAUUAUAUGGCAUGACUCUUGAGCCUUUGUUGAACAUAUAUCUACAAGCUGGCUUAUCUGCAUUGAAGACCCCAUUCUGUUACGAAGAUGAUUGCACAAAGGAGGAUCCUCUAUCGCAGGAGGCAUUCCGCAAAUUAGCGCAGCCACUUCCAUAUUCAAAGCAGCAUCACUCGAAACUUGUUUGUUACAUUACUAAAGAGCUAAUGGACACUGAGAAUCCACCUCUUGUCUUGCCAAAUGGCUAUGUUUACAGCACGAAGGCUCUUGAGGACAUGGCAAAGCAAAACAAUGGGAAAAUCACUUGUCCGAGGACGGGUUAUGUUUGCGACUACACUAAAGUGGUGAAAGCAUACAUCUCAUAAAAUAAGGUCUAGAGCUCAUUUCUAUGCUUUCAUAUCUGUAUAUGGCACAUCUGUUUCUUUUGUUCAGGCGUGUUAAUGUCGAUUUUCUAUACAUGAAUUUCUGUUGAACACAUGUACAUAAGCAGAACCUUGGCAAUAGAUUACUUCUUGUUGCUUGGAAAUUGGCUAAAGAAAAGAAAGUAAGCAUUGAGUUUGUUA